CAGUUUCGCAAUUACCAGCAUGUAAGUUGGAUUCUACCAGUCGUCGUCGUCGGUCUGGUAUUUCACGCGAAAGGUUGUUCUCCCGGUAGAAUAGUACUUUUCAUAUAUUUUUUUUAAUUUUCAAAACUCUUGGACUUUCAACUUAUUUUGCGUGCACAUAAAAUUAUAAAAACCGGAUAUAACUAAAAUUUCGAUAAAUACUUAAUAAUUUUGAUAAAUAAAAAGUUAUUUUUGUGCGAAAAAUUGUUUUAUUGAAAAUUUAAAAAAUUUACAUCAACAGCAUCUUUUUGGUAGUGAAUAGAGAAGAGGAUUAAAAAUAUGGAAAUUUUGAAUCUUAAAAUUCAAAGUAUUCGAAGAAUAUCUUGCAAUGGAACAUUUUUUUCCACUGGAACACAAUUUGUUAGGCGACUUUCAACAGAUCCUCGGCCCUCCUACCUCUACUGCAUUGGAAAGGAGAAAUUAAAUUACAAGACUUUGGGUCAGCAAUUGGAUGACACCGCUGAAAAACUUCCCAACACUGAAGCUUUAGUAUCCUGCCACGAAGGAAAGCGCUACACAUUUUCGUCAAUCCGAGAUGCAGUUGACAGGCUUGCUGCUGGUUUUUUAAAACUCGGCCUUAAUCAAGGUGACCGAGUUGGUAUAUUCGCUCCCAACAAUGUCCACUGGUAUCUCACAAUGAUGGGAGCAGCUCGGGCGGGACUAGUUUCGGUUGGGAUAAAUCCAGCCUUCCAAGCUCCUGAAGUAGAGUACUGCCUAGCAAAGGUGGGUGUAAAGGCCCUGGUGACUGCAAACUCAUUCAAAAACCGACAGUACUAUGAUAUUCUGGAGAGAAUAUGUCCCGAAUUAAAAGAUUCCAAAGAUGGACAUUUGAAGAGUAACAAACUGCCUCAUUUAAAAUCUGUAGUUAUAGAUUCUCAAGACAAAUGGGCUGGAACUUUGAGGUUUGAUGAUCUCCUUGAUUGGUCAGACAAAGAUGACUUGCAGAAAGUGUCACACAUGCAAAGUGGAAUUACACCUGAUGCUCCCUGUAACAUACAGUUCACAUCAGGCACUACAGGGCAACCGAAAGCAGCGGUACUCACUCAUUUCAACCUUAUCAACAACGCAUAUUUUAAUGGGAAACGAAACGAAAUGGAGGGUCACCGAAUCUUAGUUCAAAACCCGCUUUUCCAUGCGUAUGGAGUUGCCAUUUCCAUCACUCCGGCCCUCUGCCAUGGAGCUACUAUAGUCCUGCCAACAGAUGGAUUCAAUCCUGAGGCUUCUCUGAGGGCGAUUGUAGAUGAGAACUGCACCAUGGUCCAUGGAACACCAACGAUGUAUGUUGAUCUAAUAAAAAAGCAGAGGGAGCUGCAGUUACCUAUAAAGACAGCUGACAUUGCUGUCACUGGAGGAGCUUUGUGUUCACCGCAAUUGUUUAAGGACAUCAAGAAUGUCCUUGGCUUGAAAAAGGUGAAUAGUGUGUUUGGCAUGACUGAACUCACGGCUGUGUGCUUUCAAUCCAUGAUCGGCGAUGAUGAGGAUAAGAUUCUCAACACCGUGGGACAUCUACAAGAUCACCUCGAGGCAAAGGUGAUCGAUGGGAAUGGCAAUACUGUACCUUUUGGCCAACCUGGAGAAUUGUGCGUUAGGGGAUACUCUGUGAUGCUGCACUAUUUAAAUGACGAGGUUAAAACCAAGGAGACUCUAAGUGAGAGUGGAUGGCUUCACACAGGUGACCAAUUUGUGUUGUAUGAAAAUGGGUAUGGACAGAUUGUUGGUCGUCUAAAGGAGAUGAUUAUUCGUGGAGGAGAAAAUAUAUUCCCUAAGGAAAUUGAAGACUUCUUAGCCACACAUCCAGAUAUCCUUGAAACUCAUGUGAUUGGUGUCGAUGAUGAACGAUUGGGUGAGGAAGUAUGUGCAUACGUCCGAUUACAAGAUGGCGCCAAAAAUCUAACACGAGAAGAUUUGAAAAAAUUCUGCAAAGGCAAACUAGCUCACUUUAAGAUUCCACGAUUUAUUCGGGUUGUCAAGGAUUUCCCACGAACGACCUCGGGGAAAAUUCAAAAGUUCAAGCUUAAGGAGAUUUUCAAAAAUGAGAAAUAACAGGGAAGACAAAAGGAACCACCGAAGAUUUUGUGAUAAGUUUAAAGAAAUAAGAAUAAGACAUUAAUUGUAAAAUACAAAUAUAUUUUUGAAAUAACAAGAA